CGGGGCGGUUUUCCAUCACGGCUGUAUUCCAGCAGGAGAUCAGGGAAGAACAUCGCCCUGUACAGCAGCGGGGAUUCCUCACCGCGAAGGCCGGGACUGGAGCUCUGACUGCCGGGGAGAGACGCACGCACAGCCCGGUAACGCUCUGGAUGUUUGUUUUGGUUGGAGCGAGCCCGGCAGAGAAAGACACAGAGGGGAGAGAAGCAGGGAGACAGAUGGAAAGAUGGAGACCCCAGUGUGAAAAGGUAGCUCAGCUAAGAUAAACAAAGCUCGGCUGGGGUAGACGAAGCUAGUAAACUUCCAGAAUCAUGGCUGAGAUGCUGUUUAGUUUAUCAGCCAACAGGCGCAUCGUCGCCGGCCUGCUGGUCAACUUGCUGUCCUCCAUCUGCAUUGUCUUUAUAAACAAGUGGAUCUACGUACACUAUGGUUUCCCCAACAUGACCUUGACCCUUGUUCACUUUGUGGUCACCUGGCUGGGACUCUACGUCUGCCAAAAAAUGGACAUUUUCUCUCCAAAAAGGCUCCCAAUUCGCAGGAUUGUGUGGCUGGCUCUGAGCUUCUGUGGGUUCGUGGCCUUCACCAACCUUUCCCUGCAGAACAACUCAAUAGGAACGUACCAGCUGGCUAAAGCCAUGACCACACCCGUCAUCAUCCUCAUCCAGACCACCUACUACAAGAAGACCUUCUCCACUAAGAUUAAACUGACACUGGUGCCCAUAACGUUAGGGGUGAUAUUGAACUCCUACUACGAUGUGCGGUUCAACCUGCUGGGAACAACGUUUGCGUCGCUGGGUGUUCUGGUGACAUCGCUUUACCAAGUGUGGGUGGGGGCUAAACAACAUGAGCUCCAGGUGAACUCCAUGCAGCUCCUGUACUAUCAGGCUCCUCUGUCGUCGGGCUUCCUGCUCUGCGUUGUUCCUCUGUUUGAGCCGAUGACUGGAGACGGAGGAAUAUUUGGACCCUGGUCUCUGCCUGCUCUGGCCACAGUGCUGUUUUCGGGUGUGGUGGCGUUCCUGGUAAACCUGUCCAUCUACUGGAUCAUCGGAAACACCUCAGCUGUCACCUACAACAUGUUUGGUCAUUUUAAAUUCUGCAUCACUCUAAUUGGAGGAUACCUGCUCUUCCAUGACCCGCUAUCACUUAACCAGGCACUGGGGAUCCUGUGUACCCUGGCAGGCAUCCUGUCUUACACUCACAUCAAGCUGGCUGAACAAGAGGAGGGGAAGAGCCGCCUGGCUCAAAGACCAUAGCCUGACUCACCUGUCAAUCAACUGCACGGAUUAACUGUCCGCAGUGUGACCAGCUGCCAGAGACCUCUUUAUAUAUAUGUUUUUUAUUUUAUUAUGAGUAUUUUUGUAGGAGAGGAAAGAAUUUAAUCGUGCUUGCUCUACAACACUGAUCCUUUAUGGUUUUAAGGGAAACUGAAGCUCAUCACACUGGCAGCUGGACUCUUAAGACUUUUUCAGAUGCUGAAAUGAAGAUAAAAAAGUUGUGCUAACAUAAUGAAAUGGGAAAAUAUGGACAUAUCAGACAAUAACAUCUUUGUUUUCAUGUAAAACAGAUAAAAUAACACGCACAACUUUUCUUUUUUCAAACAGCUUUUACACAGACAUUUGCAGGAGGUCAAAUUCAGCGUCAUUUCUUCCCAGAACUUACUGCUGUUUGUGCCGACAGAACAUUUUAUACAUUUGGUGUGUAUGGUUUCCUAUCAACUGAUCAAAUGGAGACCACGGGUUUGUUAUCAUAGGCUGGGCAGAUUUAAAGGACUGUUCUACAGAUAGAUGUAAAUCUAUUAAUCUGUUCUUGUUAAGCAAGUUGUGUGUACGUACUGUUUCUGGACUCUGAACAGUCCUAUAAGGGAUUUGUCAUUUAAAUGAAAACAUUUUUGCUUUAAAUUAACAUUUGCUUUAUAAUUUUAAAUAACUGCUUUGCUGCAAGAUUCAGAACAUCCAUACAUAGAAAAUGAUGGACUAUCCACUGUACUACACUAUGUCCACUUGCCAAAGGGGAAAGAGAGGGUAAUCCUCCCUUUCUGUGUGUUUGUAGUUAAGUUUAAACCAUGAUUAUUCACAUACACUUUUUGUAUACUUCGACACUGGCUUAGAUGAUGACAAACGAUAGUCCAGCUAUUUUCAGGCUUUCCACAUGAAUAUUUCAACAGACGCCUGAAAAAAACAAUCAACCAGUAUUUGCCACAAGUGUUGUGUAAUACACACUUUUGAGCCUAAGAACAAAUUACAUUGCCAAUCAGAAGCUAAUAAUGUAGAAAGUCACAAAUUCACUCGUCAUAGUAAAUUUAAGUUGAACUGGACAUAAAAAAGUAACAUGGAUUUACUUUUUUUUCCCAUCUGGGAAUCCACUGUAGUGAUUCAAGUGACCGAUUUCAUUGCAUAUUUUUGCUGUUUUAAUGUUGAUGUGACUGAGCCUAACCAGAAACAACAACAAUGUUGGUACGCAGUCUUUUUUAUUGUUAGGGAUUAAAUAGUUUUUUCUUGUUUACUAAGUGUUUAAGGUUAACAUCAUUUCAGUUUUUAGCUCUCAUUCAGUGUUGCUUUGAUUAAUUUAGACGUUUAAUUUUAUUGUAUUCUUUACUUUUUAUUUUGUAGCAGAACUUGUUAAAUUUUGUUGACUGCCCCUGUGAUGUCCACCUAGUUGAUUUCUACAAUUUUUUUGUUCCAUUUUGAAAAAACAUUUGAGAUGCUACCUCAGGAGGGAGUCUGAUCCAUUGUUUUGGUUGUGGACGCUCAGUCAGAUCACAGCGGGAUCACAGAUUAUGAGGGUCAAUCAGGCAGUGUGGAGGUCAACAAAGAAAAGCCAAGUGUGACCAAUCAAUCCCAGCUGAGAUCUGUUGUGUAUUUAAUAUUUGAAAAAUACAAUCAGUCAUUUCACUGCUGAAAUAAAACUCCAAUCACAGUGUCUGUGUCUGUGAUGUACUGCAGCCUCGCCAUGUAUAAUCUGACUGCGCCCGGACAGACACUCAAACAGAGCGCGCUCAGCUUCAGAGCAAAGCUGUGUCACUACUGUCCUGUCAAUUUACUGUGUUGAACAUAUUCAGUCUGCUGAAUAAAAACUGUUUCUGUGCUUCA